GGGCUGUCCCUUUUGUCUCUUACCAAAAAGAAAAGAGUAACUCCUCCUCCUCCCUCUCUCUCUCUCUUCCUUCCCUUCUUCUCAUUUCAUUUCUUCCUCUCUCUCUCUCUCUCUCUCUCCCUUCAAAUGCCACAAGCCUACAGCAGAUAUCCCAAUAACUAAGCUUUCUCCCCCUCAGGCCUCAGCUUCCCCCUCUCUCUCUCAGAGGUACAGACACAAACACAUUUGUGAAGAGUAGAGGAUCAUGGGAUCCAGAACUAGAAGAAAGCAAAGGUGGUACUCCCAGCCUCUAACACCUCUAAUGGAAGGCCCGGAUCUCGAAGCUCAAGGUGGGGGAAAGAAGGAGAGCUCCUGGGAGGUAAUUCGCAAUUGGGUUCGGCUACAAAGAAGCUUCUCCCGGAGCAAUUUCCCUGUUUCGUUUUACGGCAGCGGUCCAGCCAAGAGGCAGGAUUUGAGGCUUCUGCUCGGUGUCUUGGGUUGCCCUCUCGCUCCAGUCCCUCUCUUCAACGACUCAAUUUAUCAUCUCCCCAUGAAAGACAUUCCCAUUGAGACGUCAUCCGCACAUUAUAUCAUUCAACAGUACUUGGCGGCAACCGGAUGCUUGAAAGCUCAGAAGUGUACGAAGAACAUGUACACCACCGGUACCGUCAAGAUGAUCUGCUGCGAGACCGAGAUUUCAUCUGGGAAAAGUGUUCGGACCGUGGGGACUAGAGGGGGAGAGAACGGUUGCUUUGUUCUCUGGCAAAUGUCUCCCGGCAUGUGGUCCGUCGAAUUGGUCGUCGCCGGCAAUAAAGUCGUCGCCGGUAGCAACGGAAAGAUCGUCUGGAGACACACUCCCUGGCUCGGCACUCACGCUGCCAAAGGUCCCCAACGCCCACUCCGCCGGAUCAUCCAGGGCUUAGAUCCGAAAAGCACAGCGAGAUUGUUUGCUAAAGCGCAAUGCUUGGGCGAGAAACGAAUCGGCGAUGAAGAGUGCUUCGUGCUGAAGGUAGCUGCCGAUCGAGCGGCUGUGAUGGAGAGAAGCGAGGGCCCCGCGGAAGUGAUCAGGCACGUCUUGUAUGGCUACUUCAGCCAGAAGAGCGGGCUUCUCAUCUACAUGGAGGAUUCGCAUCUGACGAGAGUGCAGACCCCAGAGACUGAUACGGUGUAUUGGGAGACAACCAUCGGGAGUAGCAUCGGCGACUACAGGGACGUCGAUGGGGUUCUGAUCGCUCAUCAAGGGAGAUCUGUGGCUACGGUGUUUCGAUUCGGAGAAGUGUCUAUGCAGCACUGUAGGACCAGAAUGGAAGAAGCGUGGAGGAUCGAUGAUGUAGUGUUCAACGUCCCGGGGCUCUCCAUUGACUACUUCAUCCCACCCGCUGACAUCUUCAAUCCCACUAAUUCACCUUAAUUACGUUGAUCAGUGUAAUAAUCGGUUGAUUAGUGGGUUGUGGUUAAACAUAAUUAAGAAAUCUAAUCGUUGUAUUAACUAGUAAUACGUGGAGUUAGGAGCAAGUGACACCUUUUAACAUUGUGUGAUUAUCAACUCAUCAUAUGGAUAAUGGAUCAAUGGAUAUGUUUGUCAUGGACUUA